CUCAGGAUAGCGCGUCCCCGACUACUGAGGCCCCCGGAUCGCGAUGCGGUACGAACGACAUGGGCAUGGAAAUAUGUUUACGACGACAAACAGUAGGGGAGGAGGAGGAGGACGAGUUGUGGUGAUUCGGAGUCGCUGCACUGUUUUAGGCCUCGGGUCGUUCUCGGAGGGCGCCUCGGGCGCCCGGGGGUCCCCCGACGCGCCUUUAGCCGUGCAGGGACGGACCGCGUGGUGAGGUCUCGUUUGGGAUCUCGGUGCCGCCGCGCGGUGCGUCGCCAUUGGCUUUGGGGCCCCGCUCGCUCUGGCCACGUUUUCGGGGGCCUUCAGGUUAUCCGUGACCUCCGAAGAGCCCCGACGAGCAUCGAAGAGCAGCGCUGGCGGCAGAUUCGUGCGCAACCCGGGCAAGAAGUGGACGGGGAACGCAUCGUUAGUAGGAAAGAGGAGUUUCGAGGCAUCUGUGAGCACGAGCAUCCGAAGCUCUACAAGGCUGCCAUUGGGACGAAAGAACGGCCCCCUCGCUUCAUUUGUGAAAAGCCGCUUCUUCGCUGUAGCAUCUGCGUUUCUGAUCAUCAUGAACACACUGCUGGUUGGUAUUGAGACCCAAGUUCUUUCUAUCCUGUCCCAGCAGAGGUCAGGCUCGGAUCAGCUAUUAGGUGUUCUAUCCGUUGCUAAUUAUGUGCUCACUUUCAUGUUCGCGGUAGAGGUGGUGAUGCGAGUCCUCGUAUUAGGUCUCCAUAACCCGAAAGACAGAAUGUGGAACGUCUUCGACAUGAUCAUCCUGGUUCUGGCGCUCGUCGAAAUUGCUUUGGAUAUCGCUGUUCAAAUUCUUUCAGGCAGGGGUCGUAACCCCUUUGACCACGGCGGAAUGGCAAAGAUGUUGCGACUCUUUCGCCUUACUCGGCUUCUGCGCAUCGUCCGAACAGUUCGCCAACUGAAGCCACUGCGGGUGCUCGUGCACUCCAUAGCAUCUGCCAGCAAGUCUGUUUUUUGGGCACUCAUGCUGCUCGUCAUGAUCGUAUACGCUUUUGGGGUGAUCUUGACGCAGGCCGCGACGGAGCACACAGAGGGUGGCGCCCGAGUCGAUGAUGAAGAUCUCGUAUCGUACUACGGGGACCUCUACCUGUCCAUGCUGAGCCUGUGGAUGGCCGUGUCUGGGGGUAUCAAUUGGAACCAGCUCACCGCGCCGCUGGAGGGGACCGGAAAUGCGACAUGGAUGAUGUUCUUUCUGGUAUACAUCACGUUCGUCUACUUCUUCGUGCUUAAUGUGGUGACGGGUGUAUUUUGUCAGAAUGCAAUUGAAGGUGCACAACAGGAUUUGGACCUGACCAUCGAAGCUCAGCUCAAGGAGAAGCAAGUGUACGCAGAGCGCUUGAGGAUGCUAUUCGAUGAGAUGAACGAGGAUUAUGAUGCUGACGAGGAGCUGACAGCAGCCGUUAUUCAAGAGCAGAUGGCCAAGCCGAAAGUGCAGUCAUGGUUCAAUGCUUUAGGCACGGUGGCGGAUCGACACAAAGCAGACCUGGAAGCUCUUCAAGGCCAUCGACGCGGACGGCUCGGGCCGUGUUUCCGUCCAAGAGUUCAUUGAAGGGUGUCUGCAGAUGAGGGGAUCGGCCACACGAGUCGACGUGGAGUCGUUGAAAUGGGAGAUCAGAUCUGCGAACAGUAACGCGCAGGACGCUGCCGAGAGAAUGCUCAGGCUCCUCGGAAGCAUUCAGGCUUCGGGAGCCGCACGCGGCCCGGCCCGGUAGUUUUCUAAAAAAGGUUCGAGCCGAUCGUUUGGUUUCAUAUCUUGUCGACCGACAACGAGCGGGUUCGGUCGUCGCAGCUCUUCGCUGCCGAGAUACGGCUCAAGAGAUGUCCUGUUUCUUCCAUCUGUCUUUCUGCCUCCUGUUUCUGUCCUUCCUCGUCCCUCCUGCACGUGCUCCGCCAGCCGGCGUGACAGUGCGCGCAUGCCGUUUCAAGGCGGCUUUCUCUCCGUGCUCCGUUACCGCUCAUUCGUCCUGCACGUGCUCCGCCAGCUGGCGUUCUCCUUCCGUCCGUCUUUCUUCGAUCUUCCUGCAAGUGCUCCGCAUUAUGCUUUAAGGCAGUUCGCUCUCCGUCCUCUGGCAUUCCUCGUUUCUUCUGAACAUGCUUCGCCAGCUGGCGUGGCAGCGUGUGCAUUCUAUUUCAGGGCAGUUUUCGUCCCGUCCUCCGUCAUUAUUCCACCUGUUCACUUCGUCCGUCUCAUCCUCCCUGUUGCCGUUACCCACAGUGCUGCUGGCACCGCUUGAAGGAGUGGACCCUCUUCGCAAGGGUGACCCUAGCAGGUUCAGCUAGUGAACACCCAGGGCGUCGUAGGUCUUCAACUAUGCUGUAGAGCAGCACGUGUUUUUUGUUUAUUAGUGUUGCCGCUGCGGUCUCGGGAGGUUCAUUGGGCGUGGCUUGCCCCCUCCUGGUUUUCCAUACCCCGUAGGUAUCUGUGCAAUGGCGCCCCAGCUGCGGAAGCUGUUUAUCAAUUUGUGCGUGCGGAAGCUGUUUAUCAAUUUGUGCGUGAUCCCCAGACCCCCCAGCGUCCAGUUUCGUUCCACACGUGGACCUUGAAGGUCUGCAGCGGGGAGUCGCACCGAGUGGGCUUCGCACGCAGAGUUUUUUUGCACGAUUCAUUCGAAGGAUGAUGCCCGCGAUGCUUUGAUGGCGUCCUGCCCCCUUGCGGGGCCUCGUCAGAGCAAGGAUUGGCAGUCUUCGCUUCACCGAGCAGCGGCGAUUCUAACCUGGGCAAGGGCGCCGUAAGUGCGCGGCCCACAGCCCCGAUCUGACGGCCAGCUGCGGACGCGACAGACACUGGGGCCCAGCUUCCCGGAGGCCCUGCCCUUGCCACUCGCGGGCAGGAGUCCGCAUUUCGACCCUCAGAAGUGGCCCCACUCAGCAGAAAUGGAGCCACACAAAUGACGAACAACUGACCUUAGGUAAGUGGUCGACAUUG